CAGGGAUUAUAUGGGUGUCUCCUCGCUGCUGGCGACCCCCUCGCGAUGGUUUUUCUCCCCCAGGAGCGAGGGGGCAACAACUCCUUCACCCAUGAGGCCCUCACGCUCAAGUACAAACUGGACAACCAGUUUGAGCUGGUGUUUGUGGUGGGGUUUCAGAAGAUCCUGACUCUAACCUACGUCGACAAGUUGAUAGACGACGUUCAUAAGGAGUUCAGGGACAAGUAUCGCAAUGAGUUCCAGCAGAAAGGCACCCUGGGCCUCCUAAAUGGCACCUUUGAUUUUAAAGAUGACUUCAUGCGUCUCCUCCGGGAUGCAGAGGAGAGCAGUAAAGUCCGAGCUCCCACGGUGAUGAAGACGUUUGAGCAGUCUCUCAAGUCCCAGAAGACUGUCAAGUGUAUGAUAGAAACCCGAGGGGAGAAACCAAAGGAGAAAGUCAAGAACAAGAAGAACAAAGGUUCCAAAAAAGAGGGAAUUGAAGCUGUUACAGCGCCUGGUAAAGCAUCUGCUGGUGACAAGCAGCCCUCCGCAGCCGGGGAGAAGGAGGAGCUGACCAAGGAUGAAAUCCUGCAGAAGAACCGGGAGGAAUUCUUCAAGAGACACAUGAAAGCCGGGGAGAAGUCCAGAUCUCCAAAGCCCGAGGCGCAGAAGGAGAAGGGGAAGAAGCCCCGAGUGUGGGAUCUGGGGAACUCUAAUGCCAAAGUACUCGAUUACAGUAACUCUGCCACCAACGGCAGCGCGGAGGCUUGUCCCGUGGAGGAAUUUGACCCUGACAUAGCCCUGGGGGAUCGAAAUCGUGAGCCCGGCCGCCUCUACGACCUUGAGUACGAAAGCGAUGAUGAAGCUGAAGAGGAGAAGGUUAUUCAGAACCCUUCGAAACCCAGUGCGAAGAAGGGUGGGCUGGGGGGCAUGUUUGGCAUGCUGAAAGGCCUGGUGGGCUCCAAGAGCUUGACAAGAGAGGACAUGGACCCCGUACUGGAGAAGAUGAAGGAUCACUUGAUCGCAAAAAACGUGGCAGCUGAGAUUGCGGUGCAGCUCUGUGAGUCGGUGGCUAAGAAACUGGAAGGGAAGGUGAUGGGAACGUUCACCACGGUGACCUCGACGGUGAAGCAGGCCCUGCAGGAAGCUCUCGUGCAGAUCCUGCAGCCCCAGCGCCGCGUGGACGUCCUCCGUGAUGUCAUGGAUGCUCAGCGCCAUCGCCGACCCUACGUAGUCACUUUCUGUGGCGUCAACGGUGUCGGGAAGUCCACCAACCUGGCCAAGAUCUCCUUCUGGCUCAUCGAGAAUGGUUUCAGUGUCCUCAUCGCCGCCUGCGACACCUUCCGCGCAGGAGCGGUGGAGCAGCUCCGCACCCACACCCGUCGCCUCAACGCCCUGCACCCUCCGGAGAGCCACGGCGGGAGGACCAUGGUGCAGCUCUACGAGAAGGGCUACGGCAAGGACGCCGCGGGGAUCGCCAUGGAGGCCAUCUCCUACGCCCGGAACCAGGGCUUCGACGUGGUGCUGGUGGACACGGCGGGCCGCAUGCAGGACAACGCUCCUUUGAUGACGGCGUUGGCCAAACUCAUUGCCGUCAAUGCUCCUGACCUGGUGCUGUUCGUUGGGGAAGCUCUGGUGGGAAACGAGGCUGUGGAUCAGCUGGUCAAGUUCAACAAAGCGCUGGCUGAUCAUUCCAUGGCCCAGACGCCGCGCCUCAUCGACGGGAUUGUCCUCACCAAGUUCGAUACCAUCGAUGACAAGGUCGGUGCUGCCAUCUCCAUGACCUACAUCACGAGCAAGCCCAUCGUUUUUGUCGGUACUGGACAAACUUACUGUGAUCUGCGAAGCCUUAACGCCAAGGCCGUGGUCGCAGCGCUCAUGAAGGCCUAAAAAAACCCACACAAUCCCACCAAAUCGCCGCUCGCAGAUGUCUGAGAAGAACAUGCUUUACCCCGUUACCGACUAGUCUUUCCUGUGUAGUGCAGAACAGAAGGAGGGGACACAGGCGCGAAGGGGUUUGGUUUUUUGGAUAAAACCCCAUUUUAUCCAGCCAAACCCCUUCCCCUGGCUUGCUUCCUUCUGUAUCGGCGACGCAGGCUCCCUCCCGGGGAGGCUGAAGCCAGAGCUUUGUAUUGUUCUUGCUGCACGGGGUGGGGAGGGCAGCACAAGGACCUGCUGUGCUUUUCAGGGGAUUUGAAGGCUUUUUUUUUUUGUUUGUUUUGAGCUGCUUUUGAUUUUUAGAUGAGUUUAGGGAGGACAUGGGAGCGACUUCUGUCAGGGGUGAGCAGGAAAGGCGCUGCUUUGCGGCAGCGCUGGAAGAUCUCUUAAUGUCACGGCUCGUGGCAGCUCCACCCAAGCUGAUCAACCAAAACUGCCCGGGGGGCUGGAGGGGGAGAUGCUAAAUUGCCUUAAGGUCCCUGUUUCUGUUGUCACCAGAGCAGGGCACCUGGACAUGGCACAUCUGGGCAGGAGCCGGGGGGCUGUGACAGCUUGGUCCCACAGUGGUGGCUGGAUGAGGACGGCACCGUGCUCCUGCCCACAGUGUUAUUUGCUAGUAAAAAAGUGAAAAAAAAAAAAAAAAAAACAAAAAAAAAG